CGGUGGCGGUAGUGCGCAUGUCUGUCUAGCUGUCCGGUCCGCGCACUUGCGCAGUCUAUGCAUCAGUCAAAUUUAUUUCGUCUGAGGCGCUUGACGUCUCGUCGCGGCUCGGUCAAUUUAUUUAUUAAUUAUCAAAAAUUAAAGUGAUUUGUGAUCCAAAAGGAACUCUGAAAUACUGCGCUCAGUGAUAACAACUGUUUGAGUUACUUGGUUCUAUCUUCGGAACCAAGUAAAGUAUUCGCUAUGGAUUGGGCCGUGCCAGGAGGAAUGCCCGAAAUCAACGACGUUUUUGAUGAAGUUACCAAAAUCACUUCUGAUUUACUGCCCAAGAACUACAGCGGCGAUGUGCGGUCCACAAGAGCUGUGCAAGACUUGGUGGCACGUAUCAUCGACCAGCUUGGGGAGGAGUCCGCCGCAGCACAGGGCCUUAACAAAGUCAUCACGAGUUCGGAAAAAUUGCGCAAAAAUCCCGGCCAUAUUGUGUAUCUACUUAAAGACCACCGGGGCAAGGAGGGCAAAGGCGAGAUAAUCGGCCUGUUGAAGGUGGGCCGCAAGCACCUGUUCCUGUUCGACAGCAAGGAGGUGGUGCACGAGGUGGAGCCGCUGUGCGUGCUCGACUUCUACGUGGUGCGCGACCGCCAGCGCAUGGGCUUCGGCCGCAUGCUCUUUGAUUAUAUGCUCCAUGAACUGGAGGUCAUGGCGUGGCAGAUGGCCAUUGAUGGUCCUUCUGAGAAAAUGGAGAAAUUCCUGUCUAGGAACUUUGGUAUAGAAAAACUGAUCAGGCAAAAUAACAACUUUGCCGUGGCGCCAAACUUCUUUGACCGAUCCGACGAAGAGAUCAGCAACUCGGGUGGCGGUCCGUCGGCUGUCCCGACCGCCGCUGUCGGACGCUUCGCCGCCCCAAAACCAGCUUCAGCGAUCGCUAACGUCAUUCACGGCGCCGGCCACGAGCACGCAGCGCGUCGCUCGGAGUCUCCACCCGCCGCUGAAGCUGAAGCUCCCGAGGCGAGCGCAGCAGUCGCAAAUGAAGGCCAACCUAUCCGCUACUACCCUGAGGAGAUGUGGGAUGACGACGAUUGGGAAGAGCCAUCAGAGCCGGAAUAUGAUGCCGAUGCAUAUGAAUUUGACCCCGACCAGCCGCCCGCCGAGCGGCAGGACGAGAUACGUGCCCGCGGCCCCAUCCGCUACAGCCCCGUGCAGGUCGAGCGGCCCGGCUCCCUGGACGUGCAACAGGCGGCCGCGCUGCCCGCCCCCGCCGCGCCCCCGGCCCAGCUGCCCGCCGCCGGCCUGCCGUCCGCCGGCGCCUCAGCUGCAGGCACGCCCGCAGCCGGUGCCAGUCGCAGAGACUCGCAGCUAACCGAUAAAGGCUAUUUCGACGUUAAAUAUUAUCAUAACAAACUUUGGUAAACAUAAAAAGAUAGAUACAACGACCUCUCUCCCCUAUUCGUCUAAUUUAUUCACAAAUCCAAAAACAAAGGGGAAAGGGACGUAUAACGGGGAUGUUAAGGGAAAUUGGCAAAAACUAAUAAAAAUUACAUGUUUACCAAUCAAAACUAAUCACAACACUUAGAUUACAAAUUAAACUAUUAUCACUUGGCAUCGAAUUUGGUAAAGACGAAUCAAAUAAUAUAUUUCAAUUUUCUCAAACCCCUAUGAAAAAUCCGUCGUCGCGGGGUAAGGGCAAUACGGGGAACCCAGCACGAGUUACAUUAUUUCAAGUUACAGAAUUAUCCGAUGUUGAUUUCUUCGACAACACUAGCAUACAGCAGGCUAGCACUAGCAGUGUUAGCCCGCCGUAUUGCGUGCCCCGUCGUGGCUCGUGACCCCUUCCCUUAAUGUUGUACGUCGUGUUGAUGUCGUAUCGUUGUCGUACCUCGGUGUGUAAGUAUGGAAGUGACACCAGCGGUAGCAGCGACAGGUGCAGUCGCCUCGUACUCGGUGGAACGCGACUCCUGCACCGGCUGCAUGGUUGCACUGUAUAAUAAUACUUAUUAUUAUCCGUCAGUGUCUAUUCAUUUAUCAUUGAUUUUAUGCAUAUUUAUCAUACAUUAAUUAAGAUGUCCGUAUGUACCAAUCAAACAAUUAUUUCUUCAAAUGCUUCUUCAUCAAUUUGUAUAUUGAAUAAGUAGGUACAAUGUAUUCAUUGGGACCGAACUUCAAUUUACAACACGUCGCCAUUGCGUAUAUGUAUAAAUAAAACAUCUGAUAACUAUUUAGAGGAACACAAGAACAGCGCCAAUAACUUGUGUCGUAUUUAUAGCUUGAAGCUAAUAUGGGAUGAAAAACAUCCAAAUAGAUUGGCAUAAACAAUAAAUUUAAUGAGCAGCCUGAGUACUUACUGUACUAGGCAUGACUCCUAGGCCUACAUAUUGUGCCAUCGACAAUGUAUAUAAAUCUUGUAUGGAACAAAACACAUUAUGUGAUACCUAAAUAUUUAAGAAUAAUGAUAUUAUGAUAACCUUCGGAACUUAGAGUACCGAUUACUAUUGACAAUGUCUAAUAAAUGAAAUAAUGAGUCAGCCCGAGCAGUAUCGAGGAUCGUGGUCGUGGCGUGGCGCUCAUAGCCAGUUGUUGCACCUGUUGCAGGUACAGACUUUAUAAUUUGCAUGAGGCCGCGCGUUGCUGGCAGCCUGGCGACGCGCCUUUUGUGUUGCGCGACAUAAUAAGUCUUAUUUAACGGUGACGUCACGUGGCCCCCCCGGCCCAGUGUAAGGCAACAUUCCAGUGUUGUAAUUUAAUUAUUUGUAACUCAUUAGAUGUAUGACUGAUGUAACCAACAUACAUAAAAGCAUUUAGAUUAUUCCAUAAUUUAGUUUUAAGUAAUUACGAGCGCUUCGCGCCUAUUCCAUAACUAUAAGAGAUCAUGAUGACAUGUAAUAAACUCAAUCUCAAUAAAGAAUAUUUA